GUAAACAGUUGAAGUUAGUCAUUAACAUAGUUUAAACACCACCACAGUUCCUGCCCUGUCCUUAUCUCGCAAAAUCAAACACUGGAGUCAUGGGAAAGGUGUUGCUCAGCGUUUUUGUGGUGGUUGUUCUGUGGUCUUCAAGUGCCAUCAGCAAGUCCGUAUUCUUCAGCGGCCCACAGGCAAACAUGGUUCUGCGCACCAAGCGGGCCAACAGCUUCCUAGAGGAGCUGAAGCCCCCAUCCCAGGAGCGCGAGUGCGUGGAGGAGAUUUGCGACUUUGAGGAGGCCCGGGAGAUAUUCCAAACUCGAGAGGCCACGCUUGAGUUCUGGACCGUGUACACUGAUGGGAACCAGUGUGAGCCAAAUCACUGCGUGAAUGGCACCUGUGUUGACCUGUACCAGUCCUACACCUGCAAGUGCAACCCAGGGUUCGAGGGAAAACACUGCAACAUGCCUAGCACGGCGUCCAGCUGUCAGAAGGACAAUGGUGACUGCGACCACAUAUGCCGGGAGAGCGAAGACGGACAGAGCCGCACCUGCAGCUGUCUCCCUGGAUACAACCUCCAUGACAACUCCAGAACCUGUAUCCCAUCAGUGGAGUUCCCCUGUGGACAGGUGCUAGUGGCAAGGGCUUCGGACAGUAAGCCCAUUUCGGGACUGCAGCCAUGGGUGGUGGGGGGAGAGAUUGGGAAGAAGGGGGAGAGUCCCUGGCAGGUGCUGGUGAUGAAUGGGAAGGGGAAACUUCACUGUGGGGGGGUGCUGCUAGACAAUAACUGGGUUCUCACUGCUGCUCAUUGUCUCGAGAGAAACCCCCAACUCAGCGUAAGACUGGGAGACUAUGAGCGCUUUAAGAUUGAAGGCACGGAGGUGACAGCCAUUGUGUCAGAAUCCAUCCCCCACCCCAACUACAACAGCAUAACAGUGGACAAUGACAUUGCCCUGCUCCGCCUGGCCGAGCCCAUUCACUUCUCCAACUACAUCGUGCCGGUGUGUCUGCCGGACCGGAGGCUCGCCGAGAAGGUGCUGCACCAGAACGGCACUCUGACCGUCGUCACCGGCUGGGGCAAGGGGGACCAGAAAGACAAGCACUACAGCUCCGCGCUCUACUUCAUCAAAAUCCCGCUGGUGGAGCACGACCAGUGCCAGCAGCAAAUGGAGAACAACGUCACCGAGAACGUGCUGUGCGCGGGGAGGGUGGGAACGAGGGAGGACGCGUGCGAGGGGGACAGCGGAGGCCCCAUGGUGACCAAGUUCAGAGACACCUGGUUCCUCAUCGGCCUGGUGUCCUGGGGAGAAGGGUGCGGCCACAAAGAGAAGCUGGGCAUCUACACCAAGGUCUCGAACUACAUGGAGUGGAUCGAUAGUGUACGCCGCGACCACGGCCGCCCCUAACCCCGCACCCGGUCUGCUCAGUCCAGGCCAUAACCCCCCUGCCCCUGCCGAUAGGCCUUGGCAGGGGUGUGUCACUGCCUUGUCAAAUAA